GGGAGUUCAAGCUUCUCACGUGGGUUCUGUUCAUGAUGGCGGCCGGAUUCAAGACUGCAGAGCCACUGGAGUACCACAGAAGCUUUCUGAAAGAAAACUGCCGCCCUGAUGGACGGGAGCUGGGAGAGUUCAGAUCCACGACAUUAAACAUCGGUUCUAUAAACACAGCAGAUGGAUCAGCGUUGGUGAAACUAGGAAACACGACAGUAAUCUGUGGCAUUAAAGCGGAACUAACGACUCCCUCUGCUGAUGCUUCUGAUAAAGGAUUUAUCGUUCCUAAUGUAGAUCUGCCCCCACUGUGCUCCUCCAGAUUCCGGCCUGGUCCUCCCGGAGAACAGGCGCAAGUGGCCAGCCAGUUUAUUGCUGAUGUCAUUGACGACUCGAACAUCAUAAAGAAAGAAGACUUGUGCAUCGAGAAGUCAAAGUUGUGUUGGGUCCUGUACUGUGACAUUAUGUGUCUGGAUUAUGAUGGUAAUCUACUGGAUGCGUGUCUCAUAGCCCUACUGGCAGCAUUAAAGAACACACGACUUCCUAAGGUCACGAUUAAUAAAGAGACAGAUUUAGCCGAGGUCGAUAUGCAGCACAAGAAGCAUCUGCAGAUCAACAAGCACCCCGUCGCCUCCUCGUUUGCCGUGUUUGAUGAUACGGUGAUUAUAGUCGACCCCACUGCAGAGGAGGAGAGUCUGGCUACAGCGACCCUGACUGCAGUCACAGACGAGGACGAGCGUCUGUGCACUUUCCACAAACCAGGUGGCAGCUCCUUAUCGGCAGAGAAACUCCAGGACUGCAUCAGCCGAGCCGUGGCACGGAACAGAGAGAUCACCAAACUGAUUCACAAAGUCAGCGAGAGCGCAAAGUCGUCGAAAUGAUCGCAAACAGCCACGUGUCUUAUCUAAAAGUUGUAUUUUCUUCCACUGUCAAUAUAUAUUUUCUUUUUUUUAUAACAAUAAAACUGCAGCAAAGACAAAA